GAAUUUGGAAUAGUAUUCCUCGAUUUUUUCAUUCAUCCAUCGGAUGUGUUUGUGCAUUUGUAAUUAAGCACUUCAAGUUUUAAGUCGACACGCAAACCGUAACCUGUUUUCAUCUUUUCCUUUUUCAUUCCGCUUGCCAUUACCAUCUCAUCAUCGAUUGAGGAAAAUCUGUUUUUCCUCCGCAAAUACCAAGAUUGUUUCCCAGAAAUUUAUGAGUGAGAUGUUAUCACAUUGACAUCUCGUACAAUUUCCAGAUUGGCAAAGCAUGAUAAUUCAUUUUCUACAGUUCCUGGAGUUUCAACUACUGCUCCAACCCUCCGCGUUCGCUUCUACGGUUGUGAUCAAUCGAAACCUGACUCAUUGUGUAUUCCCUGUACCCCAAUAGAUUACGUCGGAUAAUAAAACUUGAAAGCUCUCCAUUUUUCCGGAGCAACGGCAUAGGGAUUAUCUCAUUAGUCCUCUCAGCCCUUGUUUAACGUAGCCGAUAACAGAAAUCGAUGGUGCUUUAUCGGAGUUGUUCAUUGCAGGAGAACAUUCUGAGCACAAUACAUUAGUAAAGUGUAGGUACAGUUUUUGACGAACCACUGAGGUCGUGACAUCGUACUUCUCGAGCGAGAAUUGCCGGAAGCAGAAGACAGAAUGAAGGUUUUGUUGGUCGUCGGUUUGGUUGCGCUUCCCUUCGCUAUCGGGGGCAAUUUCACGUGCCAUCAUUGCCGCGGAUGUGGAGACCCCUUCAAUGCAGAAUCUGUCAAGUCGGAGGUCUGCGAUUCCGCGUGCGUGAAAACAGUCAUUGUGGCCAACAAUGGGACUGUCGCCACGGUGAGAUCCUGCCGCGAGGUCUACGAGCCAGGGCGGAAUACUUCAUCCCCGGGAUUACCCACCGAUGUAGCGGAAGUGCAUUAUUACCAAUGCAAGGAAAAUCUUUGCAAUGGAGCCUCCUCUGUCGAGCCUGCGUCCCUAGUACUCGCUAUCUUGAGCGUAAUUUGGAUUUCAGUUGAUGGCCUCAGUCAUCAAUAAUUUCGGAAUUCAAUUUCAUUAUUUAUAGUGCAAGAUUGUAUCUCAAUACACGGUCACACGAAAUAUCAGGCGGUGUGUCAUUACCCUUAUCUCUUAUAUCGAAGUAACACUCUCAGCGUUUUCAGUUCCUACAUGCUGAAAAAUUUUUGAUAAAAAUUAUCCUAGCGUUCUAUGAAAUGUAUCAUGUCAUCGUCACAUGUCAGUCAUCGUUUCCUCAUUUCUAUCCCGAAAUUUAGUGAAAAUUAAUAUGUGACGAUCAAAUUUUAUUACUUUAA